GUUUGAAUAAGUGAUUUGCACUAGAAAAUCAUUGAACUUGUACUCAUCUGACAAUAAAUAAAAUCAGGUAGCGUAGCGUAAUCAGGAAUCUGUAAUCUGAUAAUGGUAAAUCUCUAAUCUACAGUUCCGACACUCAAAGGGAUUUUGUUCGUUUAUCUUAAUACCGAGUUACGCGAUUAUACAGGAAAUAUUCAGUAUAUAAAGAACGAUUUUACAAUUUCGAAUCUAUACUAAAAAGUAAAGAUGAACUGCAAACUUGCCCUCUUCGUGCUCGUCGCUUGCGUCGCUUCGACUCUUGCGGUCAGGCCACAAGACAAUCCAAGGAUUGCCCCAUUCUUGCACGAGAUUGAUGGUAACAAGUACUAUUUCGAACCUCAUGCUAAGGCUGGAUUCUUCAAUGCUUUCAUGUUCUGUCGCAAACACAACAUGGAACUUAUCACCAUCGAAACCAACAAGAUUUUCGAAACUGUGCUAGAAAUCGCCGAGAAAAGCAUGGAAUUCGGCAAGGGAAAAUCCAUCUGGACUUCCGGAACCGAUAAAGCUGAGAGCAAGAACUGGAUGUUUUUGUCUAACGGCAAUCCCGUCACCAUCAACAGGUGGCUCCCAAGGCAACCCGACAACCUUGGUUUGAAUGAGCACUGCAUUGCCAUCAGGAACGAAGGUGGAGCUUUUGGAUUCAACGAUGCCAAAUGCUGGAACGAAUUCAACUUCAUGUGCAAGGUCGUUGAUCAAUGCAACUAAAUCUUUACAUAUGUAAAUAAUAUGAAUAUAGCAAUAUU